AUGGCCGCUUUCCCAGAACUGAUUGAAAAACUUCAGGAUGAGCUCAUCUGUGCCAUCUGCAGAGACUUUUUCACAAACCCAAUGUCCAUAGAGUGUGGACACAGUUUUUGCCAUAGUUGCCUCAGAAGCGUCUGGCCGGAAGUCUCCACUCCUUUAUCCUGUCCAGAGUGCAAGAGUGUCUCCCAAGUAAGGGAUUUCCAAGCCAAUUGGAGACUUGGGAAAUUGGCAGCCAUUGCCAAAAAACUAAGAAACCAGAGUUUCCAGAACCCCGGAGGCCAUAGCAAGUGUGAUAUACACCAGAAAAUGAAGACACUGUUCUGUGAGGAUGACCAGAGCCCAAUCUGUCUGUCCUGUUCUGAGUCCCAGCAGCAUAAGGCUCAUAAACUGCAUUGUAUAGAUGAGGCUGCUGAGGACUUCAGGGAGAAACUAGAAGAAACUGUGACAAAUUUGUGGCAGAAAAAUGAGGUUGUUAUGCAACAGAUGAUUAAGGAGAAGAAGAAAGUGGCAGCAUUGAAGGUAAUAUUAAACAGGAAUGAAUCUGUGAUUCACAAGGAAAUAGACAUUUUUCACAUAAAAACAGUUGUUCGUCCAAUUCCUGGAAUUAUACAAAUUCUUUUAAAAUUUAAAGUGGACAUCACUCUGGAUCAUGAAAAAGCACAUACAGGUCUUAUCAUCUCUGAAGAUUUGAAGACUAUGAGAUAUGGAGGUGCACAGGAAGAAGCGCCCAACAACAGUGGGAGAUUCCAUUGUUUUGCCCAAGUUCCUGGUUCACAGUCCUUCAGCUCAAGCAGAUCCUACUGGAUGGUGAAAGUGCCAGGCAACACUGGAUGGGGUGUUGGUAUCUCUAGAGAGCCAACUCUGACUGAAGAAUUCUUUGUGAUCAUUUCUAUACAGAAUCACAGUGGCUGCCAUCUUUAUGCCAUAGGCAAACACCACCUUUCUUCUGAACCUGAUGUGAAAUACUGCCAGAACUAUGAAUCCAGCCCAAUAGUGGGCAUUUUCCUUGACUAUGAACGUGGAGAAAUAUCAUUUUAUAAUGUUCAAAAAAGUUCUCUCAUUUUCUCUUUCCCAGUCACUUCCUUCUCAGGACCUUUCCUGCCCUUCUUCUGUCUUUCUAAGAAAGUCCUUGCAAAUGAUUGCUCUCUCAUGAUCUGUCCCUAA